AUGACCUCUCGUACGUCUUGUCGGUGUACACAAGUCCAGUCGCUGAUUGAUUAUCCAGUCAAGCAAUUUAUUCGCAAUGUGCGAGCGUCCAAGACCAUCGCCGACGAACGAGCCGUCGUCCAAAAGGAGAGUGCGGCGAUCCGAGCCAGUUUCCGCGAAGAAAGUCACGAUUCCAAUAUAAGGAGGAACAAUGUCGCCAAACUUCUCUAUCUCUUUACGCUCGGCGAGCGCACCCAUUUCGGCCAGAUCGAAUGUCUCAAACUGCUCGCCUCGCCUCGCUUCGCAGACAAACGCCUGGGCUACUUGGGUACUAUGCUCUUGUUGGAUGAGAACCAAGAAGUCCUAACUUUGGUAACAAACUCGUUGAAAAACGAUCUGAACCACUCCAACCAAUAUGUUGUUGGCCUUGCUCUUUGCACCCUUGGAAAUAUCGCCUCGAUUGAAAUGUCCCGAGACCUAUUCCCUGAGAUUGAAACGCUCAUAUCGACUGCGAACCCCUACAUUCGUCGAAAGGCUGCUCUGUGCGCAAUGAGAAUAUGUCGCAAGGUGCCAGACCUGCAAGAACAUUUUUUGGAGAAAGCCAAACUGCUCCUACAAGACAGAAAUCAUGGAGUUUUGCUCUGUGGCAUAACUCUGAUUGCGAGCAUGUGUGAGGCGGACGAAGCAGAGGGCGGUGAAGAGGGCCUCGUCGAGAUGUUUCGACCUGUUGUUCCUCACCUAGUCAGAACGUUAAAAAGCCUGACCAGCUCCGGAUACACCCCUGAGCACGACGUGUCCGGAAUCACGGAUCCAUUUCUACAAGUGAAGAUUCUGCAAUUACUCCGAGUACUAGGACGGGGCGAUGCGACAACGAGUGAAUUAAUGAACGACAUUUUGGCCCAAGUGGCCACCAACACCGAGUCUACCAAGAAUGUCGGAAAUGCGAUUCUCUACGAAGCAGUUCUCACUAUCCUUGAUAUUGAGGCCGAUUCAGGACUACGAGUGCUGGGAGUCAAUAUCCUGGGGAAAUUCCUCGCCAACAAAGACAACAAUAUCCGUUACGUGGCGUUGAACACUUUGAUUAAGGUUGUGGCGAUUGAGCCGAAUGCGGUCCAACGACACCGAAACACCAUUCUAGAGUGCCUGAGGGAUCCGGAUAUUUCCAUCCGCAGACGCGCUUUGGAUCUCAGCUUCACCCUGAUUCGGGAAGACAAUGUGCGUGUACUAGUGAGAGAACUGCUUGCAUUUUUGGAAGUGGCGGACAACGAGUUCAAAUCCGUCAUCACCACACAGAUUGGAAUUGCCGCCGAUCGUUUUGCUCCCAACAAACGAUGGCAUAUCGACACCAUGCUGAGAGUUGUCAAGUUAGCGGGCAACUACGUCAGGGAGCAAAUUCUGUCAUCCUUCAUACGGCUUAUCGCUACGUCACCCGAUCAGCAGUCGUACUCUGUCCAAAAGUUGUACUCAGCCUUGAAGGCCGAUAUCACCCAAGAAGCUCUGACUCUGGCUGGCGUAUGGGUCAUUGGUGAGUUUGGAGAUGCUCUGCUCCAAGGAGGCUCAUAUGAAGAGGAAGAACUGGUGAAGGAGGUUAGGGAAAGUGAUAUUGUCGACCUAUAUUCCACGAUCCUGAACUCAACCUAUGCAAAUCAGGUCGUGACUGAAUUCAUCAUAACGUCUUCCAUGAAGCUGACCACAAGAAUGUCCGACCAGUCACAGGUCGAGAGAAUACGACGACUGAUGCAAUCGAGGACAUCUGAUCUAAGUGUUGAGAUCCAGCAACGAGCGGUCGAGUACAGUAAUCUCUUUGGGUACGACUCCAUACGUCGAGGCGUCUUGGAGAGAAUGCCUCCACCAGAAAUCAAGGAGGAACAGCGUGUUCUCGGACAGGCGACUGCUCCCGCAAAGGAUAAACGGAAGACGUUGAAGGCAAAGACGAACACCAAAGUUUCCAAGACCACCGAGUCAGAUAUGCUUUUGGAUCUGAUGGGCGGCUCAGACGUCCCAGCUGUAACUGCGAGCGCUACCCUCAACGGUCGGCAACAAACUGCAGACCUCCUCGCCGAUAUUCUUGGUGGAGGAGCCUCCGUUUCGAGCCCUCCGCCGCAGACGAAAAGCCCUGUGCCAACUUCCAACACCGAUUCCAUCAUGGACCUGUUUGGUAACGGAACAGCCAAGAAUGCCAGUCCUGCUCUAUCUGGGUUACAGGCACAUCCAGCCUAUAACAAGAAUGACUUGGUGGUUUUUAUGCAGCUGUCGAAGAGCAGUUCCGGGGCGCAGAUCGUCGCUCGCUUCAAGAACAACUCGUCAUUUGGGAGCAUGACCGGCGUAGGCCUUCAAGCUGCAGUGCCAAAGAGUCAGAAGUUGACGCUGCAGGCCAUCAACCGGAGCACCCUUGGUGGUGGCGAGGAGGCUGCCCAGGCUAUGAAGGUUGUUCCAGCUACGGGGUCUCUGCCUCCCAAACUCCGAUUGCGUCUAAAAAUAUCCUACACCAAGGAGGGAGCGGCACCGGUGACGGAGCAGGUGGACUGGACAGAACCAUGA